AUGGCGUACUACGACCCCAACUACCACAUGAGCAUCCACGCGAUGAACCGCGCGGCGAUGCGACAUGCACCUGUGCAGCAGGUGGGUGGGCUGGGCUGGGGAUGGUCUCGCACAUUUCGCAUGACCAUUUUCCCGCUGUCUGUAUGUGUGUUUUGUGCAGGAGCAUGUGCCCACGUUGGAGACGCCUCAGUUGGUGGCGACUGUGGCCCCUGCUCACGCCGUGCCGAUGGCAGUGCCAAUGUAUGGCCACUACACCUACACCACACCCAGCCCUAGCAUCCACCACCAGGUACGCCAACACGCAUGGCCAGAGACUGUGCUCGCGUGUGCAUACGUCUCAUCUCGUGGUUGCGUGUCAGAACUACCUAGUACAGACUCACCAGAUGGUCCCUCCGAUGCACCCCACGCAACCUGUUCCUGUGGUGAGCACCUGCAGGCACCUGCACACCACACACUCACACACAGCAGAGGGAGGCAUCAAUCCGGUGGGCCACACAUGUGUAUGUGUCUUGUGUGUGCGUCAGGCGCAUCCGUUGUGUGUGCCGGUUGGUGGCUCGAUCUCCCACCUCAACUACGUCAUGGCGCAGAGCCCGCACCUGAGCCACCCGACGGCCAUGUACACGCCGCCCAACAUGGUGGGCAUGCCACCCCAGACGGCCGCCCAGCCCGCGCCCGAGAAGAAACCAGAGCUGGAGGGGCAGGGGCAGGCCAACAAGACCCAGUAGAUCAACAAACAAGGGGCAGGGGAGGGAGGGGACUGCGUGGCGGGUGUGUGUGUUUCUAGUGGGGUGGAUGGGGGAUGCCUGAGUGAAUGGGUGUGUAUCUAUGGGUGGUGGCUUGGCUGUGUGAUACCUGGGUGGGUAUUCACUUCCUCUCUGGCACUUGCCUCGCUGGAGGAGCAGACAGGUGACCAGACACGCUGUUUCUCCUUCGUGUCUGGUCAGGGGUCUGCUCGUUGGGUGAGAUAAGUGCAGAGAGAGGGAAGGAAUGGCACACACCCCAACUAGCAGCUCGCAAUUUUCAGCCACACAAUCAAUGUAGUGGUACAUACAAUACAUGCGCACAUACAUGUACGUGUGAGCGCCACGACAGACCACACCACACCACGCGAGCAGCGGCCUCACUAGCUCUUUUUUUAUCCCCCUCAGGAACACACACGAUGGCAGACAGGUGCUCGUGAGCGGCGAGUGUGCGUGUGUUGUUGUGCAUUGAUAACGGACGAGGCUGGCUGCCAUGUCGCGUUGUCUCCCACCCAAUCGCUGAGUGGACGGCUGCAGUGUAUGUGUGUGUAUGUAUGUGUGUAUGUGUAAGCGCAGAGAGGGCAUUUUUCCGGCCUUGAGCUCCUGUGGUUUUCUCUUGCUCGGUCGCGUGCAUGGUGCAGUCGCUGUCGUGUAUGGAUAAUGUGGAUGCAUCGAUGCAUUGGUCCUCUUAUGUGCCUGCCUGCCUGGAUGGAUGGAUAGAAUGGCGUCUGUGUUGAGAGAGCGAGAGAGCGGUGUGUGUAUUACCUUUCCUCCCCUCCAUUCCCUCUCGCCCUUUUCCUGCCUGCCUGCCAUCGGCUUGUUUGCCUCAAUGCCUGGCGUCUGCAUGUAUACUAAGGGCAGCCUAUAUAUGGUAUGGAUCAAGUCACACGAAGUGUCCUGUGAUGUCAUGUGAAGUGAGUGUGUUGGAUGUCACCGCACCGCUACCACUGACUGACUGACUGGCUGACCGAUUUGUUGGGGAGGGGCCAAAGGGACGCUCGUUUUCUCGGCGAGACCGCACACGUGCGGGCAGUCGGGCGGCACCCGUCCGACGGCCAGCCGGCCGAUCUUGUGUGUGUGUGUGUGUGUGUGUCUCCAUCCUUUUUCCGCUCCCCCAGUUGGAGCAUUGCCGAGCGACCCGACCCAUGUACACAUACAAACAAAUGUACUUGCCAUGAUGCUGUCUGUCUUUGAGUACAUGUGUGUGGCUGGCUGAUUGGAUGGCGU